AUGUCUCUCCCAAAAUUUAUUGAGGUAUCUGUACCAUCUAUCGAUAGACCAUUCGGUUUACAUUUAUGGCCAAUUUUCAACAAAAUCUUCGAAACUGCAGUUGGAUACCCAGCAGAUGAGUUUGAGUUUAUUCAUCAUCAUACCUUUUUAGCUAAUGGGUACCAUGCCUUGCUGAUCAUUGCAGUUUAUUACGUUGUGAUUUUUGGUGGUAGAGCGUUAUCCGAAAAAUUAAGUUUGCCAGCUUUGAAAUUGAACUUUUUGUUCCAAUUACACAAUUUGGUGUUAACUGGAUUGUCUGGUGGGUUAUUGCUCUUAUGUAUUGAACAAUUGUUACCAAUCUUGUAUAACCAUGGACUUUUCUAUGCGAUUUGUAACAAAAACGCGUUUGCACCAAAAUUGGUCACUUUGUACUACUUGAACUACUUGACCAAAUAUUUAGAGUUAUUGGAUACUGUAUUCUUGGUAUUGAAGAAGAAGAAGUUAUUAUUUUUGCAUACUUACCAUCAUGGUGCCACUGCUUUAUUGUGUUAUACUCAAUUGACUGGAUCCACUUCAGUAGAGUGGGUUCCAAUCACUUUAAAUUUGGCUGUUCACGUAGUUAUGUACUGGUACUACUUCCUUAGUGCUCGUGGUGUUAGAGUGUGGUGGAAGGAAUGGGUUACCAGAUUUCAAAUUAUUCAAUUUUUGAUUGAUUUGGUUUUCGUUUACUUUGCCACUUACACUCAUUAUGCCCAUGCAUACUGGCCAUGGUUACCUCACGUUGGUGACUGUUAUGGUUCAGAAUUGGCAGCUGCUUACGGUUACUUGAUCUUGACUAGUUACCUACUUUUAUUCAUUUCCUUCUACCUUAGAGUUUACAAGAACUCUGCUUCCAAGAAGGCUGGAAAGAAGGGUGAAAAGAGUGCCGCUACUGCAGAGAAAUCUGUUGGAGCCUCAAGUGGAGUAGAUGCAGGUGCUACCAAGGCUAAGAGUAGAAAGGCGUAA